AUGCACAUAAAGAAGAAGAACAAGGACCGACUCUACGUCUGCCUGUACGUCCGUGGCGGCAAGGCCAAGAUGCCAGGUGGCGAGGACAGAUUCCACUGGGCACUUGUUGUUGCGCCCAAGCACCAGCAGCACGACAUCUGCACCCGGUCGACCGUUGUCGGCCGCCGCUUCCACGCCAAGGAGGACAUGUCCCGCGUCCCCUACACGUGGACCGUGACGGCGGAGGACGAGCAGCUCGGCACACACCAGAGCGCACGCCUGCUGACGCGUGUCCUGGUCGGCAAGGUCGGCAACCGGACCGCAUUGGAGGCGACGUUGCGCGGCAUUCCCGUCCGGGACGGCCAGGCAGGCUACGACGGGUGGAACUGCGUGGCCUGGGUCGCGGAGGCGCUCGCGGCCCUGGGCGCGGACGGCAACGAUGCGCUCAGCGCGGCGAUGCUCGACUGGGAACGGGUGCGGCGCCAGGCGCUGUCGUACACGGACGGCAAGAUUGCCUCGCACCGGUUUGACGGCCAGCCGGCCGCCUACACGUUUGUCCAGGACGAGGUGCCGACGUACGACCUGAUGGUCGACAGAGAGGUGGUGCCCUGA